AUGAAACGAUGCAUUGAAACAACAUAUUCUUCUAGAAAACAAAGUAAACAUAACCCUUCAAUAAUUGAGAUUGAAAAAUUGUUUGAUUUUGGACAUGUAUUUCAAAAGAAGCAAGACAUAGUAAAAGAUAAAAAGAACGAAAAUAAAAGUGGAAACAAACACAACGAUGAUAUUCCAAAUGAACUCAAUAGCCCUGGAGGCAUGAAUACCGUCAAUAAGGGGUCGACACUUAGUUGGACGUCAGCCAGUACCGUGGAUGACGAUAAUUUAGGUGCUCCGUGUACAAUAAUACCAUUUAGCUACUUAGACUUGGAAUACGAUUUUGACUUACCGGUAGUUAAUCUCGAAUCGGAUUUAAAAUUGAUGGAUAGGUUACUUUUUGACAUUUAG